UGUUUGCGGGAUACAGCAUUUUCAAAGGGCAGGCCAUCGGCAUCUGAACCUGUUCCAAGCCACCUACUAUGUGGUGGUAACCUUCUCCACAGUAGGCUACGGGGAUUUUGUUCCCGACAUCUGGCCUUCUCAGCUUUACAUGGUCAUCAUGAUUUGUGUGGCUCUUAUAGUGUUGCCCACGCAGUUUGAGCAGUUGGCCUUUACGUGGAUGGAAAGGCAAAAACUGGGCGGUUCCUAUUCGUCGCAUCGAGCUCAGUCGGAGAAACACGUGGUGGUUUGCAGCACGAACCUGCAUGCGGACACCAUAAUGGAUUUCCUGAAUGAAUUCUAUGCACAUCCACUGUUGCAGGACUACUACGUAGUCCUGCUGUCGCCCAUGGAGCUGGACACGACCAUGCGGAUGAUCCUGCAGGUGCCGAUUUGGGCGCAAAGAGUGAUCUACAUCCAGGGCUCCUGCUUGAAGGACGGCGACCUGGUGAGGGCCCGCAUGAACGAGGCUGAAGCAUGCUUCAUUCUGGCGGCGCGCAAUUAUGCUGAUAAAACUGCAGCGGAUGAGCACACGAUAUUGAGGAGCUGGGCGGUGAAGGACUUUGCGCCGAAUGUGGCUCAAUACGUGCAGAUUUUCCGGCCGGAAAAUAAGCUGCAUGUGAAAUUUGCGGAAUUCGUCGUGUGCGAAGAUGAGUUCAAGUACGCCCUUUUGGCCAACAAUUGCACUUGCCCGGGCGCGUCCACUUUAGUCACACUGUUGUUGCACACCUCAAGGGGCCAAGAGGGCCAGCAGUCGCAGGAGGAAUGGCACCGACUUUACGGCAAAUGUUCAGGCAACGAAAUCUACCACAUCAUUCUAGGGGACAGCAGAUUCUUUGGCGAAUAUGAAGGCAAAAGCUUCACCUAUGCCAGCUUCCAUUCACACCGCAAGUAUGGUGUGGCUUUGAUUGGAGUUCGGCCGGCUGAACUACCCGAGUUCUACGAAGACACGAUUCUGCUCAACCCAGGGCCGCGUCACAUAAUGAAGAAGAGCGACACCUGCUACUACAUGAGCAUCACCAAGGAGGAGAACUCCGCCUUCAGCGUGUCAAAUACGAAUGCAAACAGCCACGCGGUCACUGAACCGACCACCGGCUCGGCCACCUCCAAAGACGAAGGAAAAUCGCUGGGAAUUCAUUUUAAAGAUGGUACCUCACCUCCUCAACUUAUACUGCAAGUGCCUACAUGUGUCACAAACGCCGCAAUGAGCGAUUCGAAGCAAUGCUUAAAAGAGUCCAGCGGCUCGAUUUCCGUGGAUAUUUCAGUGACAGGAAAUCAUCUGGAAAUCCCCCGGGACAAUACAAAUUUACUCUGUCCAGAAGCAAUAAAUCAAAGGCGGAACUCCAGGCGGCCCAGCAUUCUGCCGGUUCCGGAUAUGUUCACUGGGAGCACAUUGAACAUCUGCCAUCAGGACGUGGAGCCUGAUGAAGGUGACGAAAGUGAGGACGAACUGGAGGACGACGUCCCCUGGAGGUCGCCUAGCGAAAAAAUCGCGUCUAGUCCUUCUGACGAUUCUUUGGACCUCGACAGACCUGCAUGGCAUGAUGAAUGUGUUAGCAUUGUCAAAGGGUUUCCCCCAGUGUCGCCCUACAUUGGAGUGAGCCCGACUCUGUGCUAUUUGUUAAAAGAGAAAAAGCCCCUCUGCUGCCUGCAGCUCGCUCAAGUUUGCGAACACUGCAAUUACCGCAACGCCCGAGAAUAUCAAUGGCAAAACAAGACGAUCAUCUUGGCGGCCGAUUUUGCCUCUAACGGCAUCUACAACUUUAUAAUACCGUUAAGGGCGCAUUUUCGCCCGAAAACCUCCCUGAACCCGAUAAUUCUCCUGUUGGAGCGCCGCCCCGACAUCGCGUUCCUGGACUCUAUAUCUUACUUUCCGCUGAUUUAUUGGAUGUUGGGAUCAAUCGAUUGUUUGGACGAUCUACUGCGAGCAGGAAUUUCGCUGGCGGAAAACGUCGUUGUGGUGAAUAAGGAGCUGUCGAACUCGGCGGAAGAAGACUCUUUGUCCGAUUGCAACACCAUUGUGGCCGUUCAAACGAUGUUCAAGUUUUUCCCCAGCAUCAAAAGCAUCACUGAACUGUCCCAGUCGAGCAACAUGAGGUUUAUGCAGUUUAGGGCGCACGACAAGUACGCUCUACAUCUAUCCAAAAUGGAGAAAAGGGAAAAGGAGCGAGGCUCGCACAUCAGCUACAUGUUCCGACUGCCCUUCGCUGCUGGCAGCGUCUUUAGCGCCAGCAUGCUAGACACAUUGCUUUACCAGGCGUUCGUCAAAGACUAUGUGAUUACGUUUGUUCGGCUGCUUCUGGGCAUCGAUCAGGCCCCAGGCUCCGGGUUUUUAACAUCAAUGCGGAUAGGCAAAGACGAUAUGUGGAUAAGAACCUACGGCCGUUUAUACCAAAAGCUGUGCUCCACGACAUGUGAAAUUCCCAUCGGGAUCUACAGGACGCAAGACACUUCUCUGACUGAUACAUCACAUGUGAGUAUGCCUUCGUCAACUUGGUCGAGCUGCGUACGUGUGCCAUCGCUCGACGAGGACUUGGGCCCGGAUCGAGUGGGGGUAACCUAUCGACCCAAAGAAGGAACCAACUGUCUUGGAUGCGCCAACAGGCGCAGCUCAAUGUAUUCAAUAAACAUGCAGGACGAGGCAAAAGACAACCACAACCAGCAAAUUGAGCGCGCGGAAAUCGCCAAUCUGGUCCGGUCGCGGAUGGAGAGCUUGAAUCUGCCCACAAUCGAUUACAAUGAUGUCAGCGAAAAGCGCAGCAGUCUCUCAUAUGUGAUCAUCAAUCCGAGCUGCGAUCUGAAGCUGGAGGAGGGCGAUAUCAUAUAUCUAGUGCGGCCCAGUCCGUUUUCCGCACAGAAAACCUUCGAAAGACACAACAGUCGUCGCAAGUCCAACAUCAGCUUCUGUUCGCAAAAUCUGCUGCAGCAGAUGGGGAGCAGCACGCAGCCGGGCGGAAGCCGGCGGGGCUCGGGAUUGGGGCUGAGCGGCUACCAAGCGCCCCGACCUCCGCCAUUGGUCACCACCAAAUCAAACUCCUUGUCUUUACCGGACAGCCCCACGGUCUCCACCUACCAAAGAGGGCGCUCGAAUUCGCUUCGAAUCAUCGACGACAUUCUUUUGCGAAGGUAACCGGAGAGGAUUAUUUUUAUAUUUUCAUCUUUCUGUCAGCUCUAGUGGUCAUUACCGGAUAGAGGCUUAAAAGACUCACAUUUUUAUACUGAACAUUAUUUUAGGAAUGUUCGUAGGUUUCUCGCAAAAUCAAA